AAUGGGUUCAAUGGGGCUCAUAGAAGAGCUUCUGGCAGUGCUACUCCUGGCUGUAAUUGUGGAAUGUGGCUACCAAAAUGGAACUGAAACUCUAGGGGAUCUAGGUCAUCUAGGGGAUCCUGAAUCUAGAAACCUAAACGACUUGAGUUUAUCAAUUUUUAAUAUUUUAAGUGCCAAUAAUGAAAGUUACUUGAGUAAACAAAACACGGAAGGUACCACAAAUUCCAAUAAAAAACAUUCUGAGACUGGGAUUCUUUCGGAAACCUACUUAAAACCUAAACUUGGAAACACUUCCUCGCCAUGUAAGCCAAGCCAAGCCACUUCUGACACAUCCUGUGAUUGCAAAAGCCCCUCAACUCGUUGGACACCCUCUGUAAAUUUGAAAUCCCAACCUUUUCUAAGCGAAAUCUCCACCUCGCUGGAGAGCGCCAUCCUUAAUGAUAUGCAAAUCCGAUCGGAACUCACCGAUCGCCUCCAGGAUCAACUCCGGCAGCUUGCCAUUGGCUUGCCCCUGGACAUAGCCUUCUCCACGCUCAACUACAUCUGCAGCACCAUUGUGGAUCUCGGUGUGGUGAGGUCCAAACUGGUGCCGGACAUGUCGCAGAUGUCCUUUCUCCUGCGCACCGAAAACGAUUGCGGGAAUACCAGUAUUCGCCUGGAUCGAGCUGAGGAUUUGUUUAAAACACCCGGCUUUAAUGCGAAUCUGUCCACAGUGCUGUUCAUCACCGGCUGGAGGACGAGCAUCAACAGCUCCAACAGUGGACCCGUGGCCAAGGCCUAUGCCUGUCGCAACGAUACCAAUAUUCUGGUCCUGGAUGCCGCCAACUUCGUGGACACUCUGUACUCCUGGUCGGCCCUAAACACGGAGGUCAUUGGCCUUUAUGUGGCCAAGGCUCUGCUCCGUCUGAAUGCCACCUAUGUGACCCAGCAGCUGCACAUAGUGGGCCAUAGUUUGGGCGCCCAGAUUGCGGGCUCGACGGGCAGGAACUACAGGCAGUUGUCGCAGGGAAGAAUUCUAAAGCGCCUGACCGGAUUGGAUCCAGCAAAUCCCUGCUUCUACGAUGGCAAUGACCUCGAAGGCUUGAGAAGUGGCGAUGCCAGAUUUGUUGACAUUAUCCACUCCAAUCCUGGCAUGCUGGGCUCCCCGAAGCGAGCUGGCGACGCGGAUUUCUUUGUCCAAGGAAGAAUUCCCUUCAAGGAUGGCUGCACUGGGCUGGAGACCAUCGCGUGCUCCCACCAGCGAGCCGUGGACUAUUAUGCGGAGAGUGUGUAUCCCUCGAAUGAGUGGGACUUCCUGGGCCGACGCUGUGAUCGUUAUGCUGACCUGCUCGUUGGUAGAUACUGCCAGGACACGAGGACAGUGAUGGGCUACGCCGCCAGGCCCACAGAGCUGGGUCUGUACUAUGUGGGGGCAAAAGGCCAGGAGCCGUACGGUGAGAAUUAUAACCCUGAGACAUAUACGCAAUCUACCAGUGAAUGCGGCACCUGCGAGUGAUUAAGGCGAAUU